CUUCAAGAUCUUCCAAGUAGCACAAUCACCACGCACUUUUGGUGGUCAGAAGCUAGGUCGGUAUCUGUCGUGGUUGAUUAAUGUUCGCUUUGAGCAUUUAUCAUUUUCUCAUGAUACAGGCUGUAAUUCAUCUUGGCUCUCUCUGACUGGCUAGAUGCUGCUCAGUAUCGCCUGUGGUGCAUUCCAGGGUUCACCCCGCAUUUCGGAAGAAAGAACAAUCAGCCUAUGCACCCUCCCUAACCUUCCAUGCUUCCGAUCCACCUACCGUGAGGCAUCGAGUGUGUUGGGACCGUUGGCUGUGAGAAUGCGCAACCGGGAAAGACAACCCUGCGCUCGGUGGUUGUUCGUGCAUGGGAAAAGGGAGGGCAGGGGAUAUGGUUAGCCUCAUGAGCACUCCAACUCCCGUAGGGUUGCAGAUCAUGGGAAGUCGAGGCUUGAUAGCCAGGUCGAUUUCGUGCACCGCUAUCUCUGUUCGUCGCACCAGACGCGAGGGAAUAGUCCACUCAAAUAAGCAUAGCUUCCCGGAUACAUGGCCCAGCAUCCCUCAAAUCUACAUUAACAUCUGCCUGCUUGUAUCAAAAUAAGUUCUGCAUCUCCCGAGUUGCCCUUUCGCAUGGAUUGAAGUUACGAAAACCCCGGGGCGCCCAGUGCCGGCAAGCAACCUGCAGAUUUCCUUCUCUUGGGGGAAUGACUCUAGGAAUUUCAUAUUGGCCCUCGUGUCGAUCGAGCUAUAGAUCGGAUCUAUAAUAUCAACCGCAAAUACCAGGGAGGGCGAAAUAUAUAGAAGGGGGCUGCAGACGCAAGGCAUCUUUCGUUCCCCGCAAGCGAGUCAAUUCUUCUGAAUAUAUAUCGAAUUUCUGGGAAAUUCCGGUUCCUUUGUGGACGUCUGCUUUUUUCUCUUGUGGUGUUGAUAUGUUCUUACCACGACAAACGACCCCUGCUCCCGUCCCUUAUGAGUUCCCGCCGGUGUCACCUGAGAGUCAUGGACAGAUGAUUCUUGGGGUUGUUGGAUCAUUUACUACUUUUGCUUGUGCCGUGGUUAUUUUGAGGUUGUAUGUGAGGACGGCGAUUCUCAAUACAUUAGGGACGGACGAUUAUUUAAUGUUUGUUGCUAUGGUAUGUUGAUCAACCACCUCUAGUCUAUCGCUAAUCUGGUCUCAGCUAUGUUCUCUUGUCGCUUUUGUAUUCAUCGUUAUCGAAGUUCAUCUUGGGGUGGGAGAACACUUUGGAAAUCUCCAUCAGCUAAGGAACUACGCGGACAUUAUGCACUACAGUUACCACCAUGGAUGGAUUCUUGUAACCGGUAUCACUUGUGUCAAACUAUCUGUAGGAUUCUUUCUUCUGAGAUUGGUUCAGGGAAAGUGGUACAAAGUACGUUUGCUAUCAAGGCUAUUACGUUCUUCAAGUCUAAUAAGUCUUCAGCGUUUUAUAAUAGCAUGGAUGAUAUUCCUUGUGAUCUUCACAUUAGCAUGUGUUGGAACAUUGUAAGUCCAUAAUCACCUAACUCUAACCUCCUUUAAAAGUUCCUAACAACAUCAGAAUUUUUCAGUGUCUCCCUGUGGAAGCAGCGUGGGAUUUUGAGCUGAGAUUCAGAGUUCAUGCAAAAUGCUACGAGAUUGGAAUAUUCACAAGCAUCGGACUCUUCAACGGUGGUCAGUUGAUCUCAAAGCCUAGCUUUUGAUGUAUUCUGACAUUCUCUUUCAGCUGUCAACAUAUUCACAGAUUUUGCCUUCGCCACGCUUCCCAUUCCCGUGAUACUCCCUCUGAAAAUAAACCUCCGCACAAAAAUUCUUCUAAUCUGCAUUCUCGGCCUGGGAUACGCGUAAGUCCUUUUCCCUUCCAUCUAUCUUCAUGCAGCGACUGACAGUCACACAGCGCUUGCGCCGCAGCAAUAAUAAAAGAAUAUCUCCUCUCUUCUUUCUUCACCAAUCGUGACAUUCUAUUCAACAACGCCUUCAACGUCUGGAAUGACGUAGAGCUAAACAUCGGAAUCCUCGCUGCCUCACUCCCAACACUCCGUCCACUGUUUGCAUCAAUCCUCGAUAACAAAUCCUUAUCAACAUCCAACACACACCGAACAUCGAAGAGUAAUAUUAGGGUGAUACAAAAUGAUAGCAGGGGAUAUAGAUUUGGCUCCGAGAUAGCAAGUGAGAGAGAGGGGGCCAUGGGAGGGUUGGAGAAGGGGGAGAGGGAUGGGAUGAGUGUGAGCACGUGCAGUAUCAUUAAACCACCAUCGCCGCACUCGCUGGGUAGUGCAUACGCGGUUAAACUUAAUGCUCCCAGUCGGGCGAGUAGUCGCGAAGAGGAGAUCAGUCUGGGCCGACAGAAUAGUGGGGCUAGUUUGGGAAGUAGUGGGAUGAGUAAGAUACAAAAACUUGAAGAACAUGCGGAGGAAGAGGGGAUGGCGUUUGUGAGGAGGGAGAGGGAGCGGGCAAGGAGUCGGGGGGAUAGGAGGAAGAGGGACAGCAAAGGGGAGGGGAUUUUGAGGACAACAGAGGUGAGGGUCGAGAGGUGACAUGAAAUGGCAUUAUGAGUGGAUGAGGAGUACAUAUGGACAUUCUCUUAAUGGGAUCGAGAGUAUCUUUGCUUGUACGGGGCUGAAAUAUGAUACUUUGAGGGAAACAUAGGAUGGUUGUGUAUUGUGAGAAUAUGAGGAAAAGGGGCCGGGGCGGUUCUUUUAGCGGGCGUAUGUGAUUUGGAGGGUCUUUUUUGAAGCUGU